UGCCCACAUUCGACAUGUCCUUGCCAAAAAUGAAGUCAAAUGAUGGUGACAUGAAAUUAGAGGGGCCAGAAGUGAAAGGUAGUAAAAUACAUAUGCCUGCCAUUGACAAUUCUCUUCCAAAGGGGAAGGCAGAAUGUGAUCUUCAGGUUGACGGGCAUGGUGGCAAAGGGGGAAAGUUCCAUAUGCCCUCAAUUGACAUUUCUCUUCCAAAAAUGAAGUUGCCUGAGGGUGAAGUCAAAGUUGAAGGCCCUGAAGCCAAAGGUGGAAAGUUUGAAAUUCCAACAAUUGAUAUUUCACUUCAAAAAGGAAAAGCAGAGGGAGAAAUUGACAUGGAAGGACAUUCUGGAAAAGGAGGAAAGUUUCAUAUGCCAAAGUUUGAUGUAUCGCUACCAAAAAUGAAGCUCCCAGAGGGUGACAUCAAACUAGAGGGACCGGAAGGGAAAGGCAACAAAAUACAUAUACCUAACAUUGACAUUUCUCUUCCUAAAGGGAAAACUGAAGGAGAUAUUGAGGUUGAGGGGCAUGGUGGCAAAGGGGGAAAGUUCCAUAUGCCCUCAAUUGACAUUUCUCCUCCAAAAAUGAAGUUGCCUGAAGGUGAAGUCAAAGUAGAAGGCCCCGAAGCCAAAGGUGGAAACAUUCAGAUGCCAUUGAUUGAUAUUUCACUUCCCAAAGGAAAGAUGGAGGGGGAAAUUGACAUUGAAGUUCAUUCUGGAAAAGAAGGAAGAUUUCAUAUGCCUACAUUUGACGUUUCCCUUCCAAAAAUGAAGUCACUAGAACCAGAUGUCAGUUUAGAAGGACCGGACGUCAAAGGAGGGAAGUUUGAAAUGCCAAAGAUUGAUAUUUCACUUCCAAAAGGAAAAACAGAGGGAGAAACUGACAUUGAAGAACAUUCUGGAAAUGGAGGAAAGUUUCAUAUGACCUCCUUUGAUGUGUCACUACCAAAGAUGAAGCACCCAGUGGGUGAUGUCAAAGAAGGCCUUGAAGUCAAAGGGGGGAAGUUUAAAAUGCCCAAAAUCGAAGCAGAGGGUAGGAGUGGAGUCAAGUUACCAACUGUUAAACGGCCAACAGUAGACAUAUCUGCACCAAAGGUUGACUUAGACUCUGGCCUGUCAAAAGCUAAAGGAGAUGAUAGGGAAGAGAUGGAGCUACUAAAAGCGGAGGGUGAUAGGCCAUCCUCUGGGUCAAGUUUUGACAUGCCAGAUGUCUCUCUUAAAAUGCCAAGAUUUUCUCUCUCUAAAUUUGGUGGAAAGUCUAGUGGAGAUGUAAACCUGGAAGGAUAUGGGACAGAGGAUGAUAUUGAUAUCAGCCCCCCACGAGCGGAUAGUGAGGGCAGACCAGCAUCAGCGGAAAUACGCGGAGAGGGAAAAAUAGAAGGUAAACUAAAGAAGCCCAAAAUAAAAAUGCCAAUGUUUGGAAUAUCCAAGAAAGAUGUAUCAAUAGCCAGCCCUGAUGUGGAAAUCAAGACAAAAAAAGGGAAAGUGGACAUUCCAAAGCCAGGGAUCAGUGUAGAACAUCCAGAGGACAAAACAAAUAGAAAAUAUAGACUAAAAUUCCCAAAGUUUAAGAAGUCAUCUCCUAAAGGUAAACUACCAGAGGGAGAGAUAGAUGUCUCAAUGGAUAGUGGAAUGGAAGGGAAAGGUGGCAUUCAUGCACCCGAUGAUACAAUCAAAAUGCAAAGGUUCUCCAUGCCAGGGUUUGGCUCACAGGAGAUAGACUUUGACAGGAGUGGGCCCAGUGCUGAACUAGAUGUCAAAGGAAAGGUAAAAAUACCACCAGUGGAGAUAUCCCUGCCAGAUGCCAAGAAAUCUGAGCAAGAAGUGUUACUCCCAAAGGCUGAGGUGGAUGUGUCUGAGGCUGACAUCAGAGGUUAUGAAGGAAACCUGAAAAUCCCUAAAAUGCCAACUAUUGAUGUAUCAGCACCCAAAAUUGACCUUGAUGUAACUCUGCCUAAAAUCAAGCAUGAAACAAAAAUUGAGGGGAUAGGAGGCAAAUUUAAGAUGCCAAACAUCAAAAUGCCUGAUAUAGAUUUAUCACUUCCUAAAGAAAAAACUGGUGACAUUGAUGCAUCCAAGGUUGAAAUUGAGGGAAGGGGUGGAAAAUUCAAGAUGCCUGUCAUUAAAAUGCCAAAGGUUGACCUAUCACUUCCAACAGGAAAACAUAGAGCAAUGGAUGUAUCCACAGUGGAAAAUGAAGGAGAAGGUGUAAAAUUCAAGAUGCCACAUAUGGAAAUUCCAAAUGUUGAUAUAUCACUUACCAAAGGAAAAAGUGGAGGGAUUGAAGGGCCAGAGAUGGAAAUUGAAGGAGGGGGCGGAAAAUUCAAAAUGCCACAUAUGAAAAUGCCAAAGGUAGACUUAUCACUUCCGAAGGGAAAGUAUGGAGACAUCAGUACACCAGAAAUGGAAAUGGAAGGAGGAGGAAAAUUCAAUAUGCCACAUAUGAAAAUGCCAAAUAUUGCCAUAUCACUUCCCAAAGGAAAAAGUGGAGAGAUUGAAGGACCAGACAUGGAAAUUCAGGGAGAGGGAGGAAAAUUGAAGAUGCCACAUAUGAAAAUACCAAAGGUAGACUUAUCAAUUACGAAGGGAAAGUCUGGAGACAUCAGUGCACCAGCAAUGGAAAUGGAAGGAGAUCAAUUCAAGAGGCCACAUAUGAAAAUGCCAAAUAUUCAUAUAUCACUUCCAAAAGGAAAAACUGGUGAUGUUAAUGCAACUGAAUCGGAAAUUGAGGGAGAUGGAGGAAAAUUCCAGAUGCCACAUAUGAAAAUGCCAAAUAUUGGUAUAUCACUUCCCAAAGGAAAAAGUGGAGACAUCAGUACACCAGAAAUGGAAGGAGGAGGAAAAUGUAAGAUGCCACAUAUGAAAAUGCCAAACAUUGAUAUAGCACUUCCCAAAGGAAAAGGUGGAGAAACUGAAGAACCAGAGAUGGAAAUUGAAGGAGGGGGCAGAAAAUUAAAGAUGCCACAUAUGAAAAUGCCAAAUGUUGAUAUAUCACUUCCAAAAGGAAAAACUGGAGAUGUUAAUGCACCUGAAUUGGAAAUGGAUGGUGAGGGUGGAAGAUAUAAGAUGCCAGAAAUCAAACUGCCAAAUAUAGAUAUUACAAUGCCAAAGGGAAAUUCUGGUGACAUUGAUGCUGAAAUCAAACAGCCCAACGCUGAGGCAGAAGGAAAGAUAAAAAUGCCUUUGAUUGGUUUACCAAAGUUUACAACUCCCAACCUUGAUUUGGACAUAAAUGUUGGAAAACCCAACCAUGGAGCUGAGGUUCAUGGGAAAAAUUCAGACACAACUGGUUCACAUUCUGAGGGAGACCAUAAGAUGAAAAUCAAAAUGCCAACAAUAGACAUAGAGUGCCCAAAAGGAGAUCUGGAGCUGGAUAUAGGCUUCCAUAAAGCUGAGGGAAAGAAGGACAGAAAAAUAAUAGAGUUGCCUGACUUAGACCUUAAAACUUCUGGUACCAAAGGUAAGGGGCCAAAAGUCAAAGGCACCAAAUUCAAAAUUGGAAUGCCAAAAAUGAAGAACACUGGAGAUCAAGCAUUAGAUGCAGCCACAAAGAAGACAGGGAAAGAGAAUGAAGGGGCCAGUGGUAGAUUCAUGAUUAAGAAGACAAAGCUUGGCAAAGGUGCAGAUGUGGCGGCAGAUGCGAUGGCAGGUGGUUCUGUGUUGCCAAACAUCUCCCUCCCAGAUGUGGGCUUCUCAGUAUCCAAAGGAGUCAGCCAAGAGGAUGAACGUCAUGGUCCAGAGAUGAGUGCUAAAUUGCCAAAAUUCAAACUCCCUAACGUGGAGAUCUCAGGUCCUUCAAUGACUGGCCAAGGAGGAGCACAAAUCAACAGCGGACAACAAGAAAACAAAGAUGGUAUCAAGUUUCAAAUGCCAAAGGUUACUCUACCGUCUGUGGGGCUGAAGAGCAAACAAGGCUCUGCCGAGCCCACUGGCACAGAUGCCAGCACAGAGAAUGGAUUCACAUUACCUCAUCUUGGAAUCAAAGUCCCCAAAUUACCAGAUAUAGACUUUGAUAUUGGAGCAUCUCAAGCUGAGGACCAAGGGGCAGAUACAAGUACAAGACAAAAAAUCAAAAUACCCAAGUUCGGGGUGGCUUUACCUGCUAUUUUUUCACCUGAAGCUAGAGUACAUUUGAAGGACCCAGAGGUUGAGUAUGAAGGCCCUAAAAUGCCCAAAGUUAAAAAAGCUGUAUUUGUUUUGGUGAAUCCCCAAACAGACCACUCCACUAUGUCCACUAUAUGUGAAGCAAGUGUAGAGUCUGGAGAGGCUAAAAUCAGAAUGCCAAAGAUCAAAACGAAGCCAUCAUUUGGAAAGUCAGGAUCCAAGGAAAAAGGUGUUGCUUUGAGCAUUGAAGGAGACGUGGAUGGAGCUGACAAGUCAAAGGGAGCAAAGCAAAAAAUUCCCAAAGUCACCUUCUCUCCAGGCAAAACAGGUUCAUUUGAUGUAACCCUAAAAGGUGAGGGGUCUAGUUCCAGCCUCAAUGGUGAGAAAGUUUCAACAUUCCAGAACGGAUCCAAGGAGGAUAAAGCUAAGUUUGUGAAGCUCAAGCUUCCAAAGAUAGAGUUGUCCUCGCCAUAUUCAAAAAUAGGCAGUGGAGAAGAGGACCUUGAAAUGAGUGCUAAGCUUGUCAAUGAGUCCUCAGGAACUGACGGAGAAACCAAGAGGAAGAAAGUGAAAUCAGGCAAAAUGUCCUUCCCGGGAUUUAAGAAGAAGACAUCAAAAGGAGAGGAGGAAACUCAAGACAAUGUGGUGUCCUCAUCGGCCAGGACAGAAAUGCUAGAUCAGGAUAGUUCAGAAUCACCAACGCCCAUGGUCUCCAUUGGCUUUGUUCCAGGGAAGUCUAGGGAGCAGGCAGAGGCUGAGAGCAGAAAGAAGGAGCUGGAAGGAAAGCAGUCGACCUGGUUCAAGGCCCCCAAAUUCAACCUGAAACCCAACUCAACAGGAAUCCUCCUCAUUACACCAGAAGGUUCUCCCCAGGGCAGCAGAUCCUCGCUCCAGUGCCAGGGUGUCGAUGAAACUGGUGGUACCUUCCGGCUCCAGAUGCCAAGCACGGGGUUCUCCACGCAGGAGGUGUCUGAGGAGAAUGUUACCACAACAAAGAAGGGAACCGUAACUGUGGUGACAAAGACGACAAAAAAUACGGUAACAGAGUCCAGAACUGGUCAAACCCACACAUCGCUAUCCCAUUGUAAUUACUGAAGUCCGAAGAGAUGUGAGAGUAAUAUAUUUUCCCUCUGUCCUGAUGUGACGACUGUUUUUGUAAAUGUUCCUCCAUGUUUUCUUUCUAUUUUAGUCUUGAUCAUCUUUGAUAAUUUGAGUGGUUUAAAUCUGAAUGUCAAUUCAUUAUGUAUUGUUGUUGAUAUCUUUUUUAUGCAAAAAUACCACACAUUUUAAUUUCCCAAAGGAAAUGUCUAUUUUCAAUGCCUUCCCAUUUGAUAUACCGACAUUUACUUUGGCAUGAUUGCAGAAUUAGACUGACAGAGAACACAAACCAAUUUACCAAAAGCAAUUUGUAUGUAAAUACAUUGACAUGUUGCCUGCUUACUUAAUGAAACAUGUAAUUAUUUUCAUAUUACCGAUGAUUGGAAUAGUAAUAAGGAUAGUAGUGAUUUGUGUUAAUGUAACUGAGGCUUGAGGAUGGUGUGAGAUUUGUGGUUUUAUCAUUUACUUACUUCAGCUUGUUUUUUCUUUUUGAUAUAUGAAGAUUUUUUGUAAUUAUACCAUACAUUGAAAUGUAAGAUUAAAGGCUUCUACAAUGCAAUCCAUUUCAACACUCUAUGAGAAUCAAGAUAAGUAGACAAAACCCAAAAGAAUAGGAAACUAUCAUCUGAUAUUAAGCCAUGGUUUAAAGAAACAGAUUGAAAUAUUUCAAAAUGAAUGCAAAACCUCUUGAACAAAACAAUGUCUCAAUGUCUCCAUUUUCCUUUUCUUUUUUGGUGAGUUAGGAAGUAGGAAUUCAAUGUGUGUGUUCUACUGCAUGGGAAGAGUCCCAGCAAUCCUCUGUCAAUCAAGUUUACAAAAUUUUCCUUAACCAGAUUUAACACCUGUUGGAGCUGGAAAUUUGAAAUAACUAUAUAGAAUGGUGCAUGACAAGGAGAGAACAUGUACAUGACCAGAUAACACAGUUUAACAGUGUUUAUACGUAGAGAGAUUUUUUACAAAUACCUUUGUGCUUAUGUUUUCAGUGCUUAUGGCUUCACAAUAAGCAGUUUUCAAAGCAAAGUGUUAUCAAAGUGGCAUUAUCAAUAAUGUUGUUAAGAGAUCAUAUUAUUAAUAAACCUAAUAUUCCUAAAAAAAAAUUAAA